AUGGGAAGUCCAGCAAAGCGAAUGAUCUAGAAUGUGAUGUACCUGCUUAUUAUGAGCUCGUUUAUCUUUGACUCUUACUAUAAAUACUACAAUCUAUCAUCAGAGGCAGAUAUGCUAAGAUCAAAGUAUCAGCAUUUGCAAGAAUACUUAAGUAGAAACUUCAAUGGCUUCCAAUUGCCAAUUAAAAGUGAGAUUGUCUCCUCCAAUUCAUUCAUGAUCAUUUAAGUUUAUGCAAUUAUUCAAGGUUUAAGCGCCAUGCUAGUUCUGAUUGGCAAAAGACAGUUUGCAUGGAUGUUGAUACUGUUAACAUCUGUUCAUUUGUUUGUAGUUCAUAAUCCAAACUAUAAAAACACCACAGAGGUCGAUAAGUAAAGAGCAUAUAAGCACAUAUGCGGAGACUUAUGCUUAAUUGCUACUCUGAUAAUGACAACUGGGUUCAAGAGACUUCCAAAGCUUAAGCUAAAUUGA